AUGAACGAUGCUGAUAAUUCCCUUGUGAUUGAUGCAGUUAAAAUCGAAAACAGCGAUUCACAAUCUUUGAGAAAUGAAACUGAACUGUUAACCACAGACAUGUAUCAAUCCGACAUUUCACCCACUAAAGAACUCCUUAGUAAAGAAAUAGAAACAAAAAGACUUGCAAUACAAUCAACUAACAACCUUAUAAUGAAAAUUACAACAGUUCCAGAAGACAAGAACAAUCACGAAGAAUAUUUAAGUAUUACUACUCAAGGCUCUAAUAUAGAAAAAACAACGACACCUGUAGUUUGGAAUAAUUAUGCAAACAAUAUCGAACAAUUUAAUGUGCAAAAUACUCUUCCAACAGACAAUGUCACAAAUGUUUAUUUAAAAAAUUCCGCACAAAAAAAUGAAUCUAACUCUGAAGUUCAAGUUCAGUCAGAAAUAAACUCAUUCAAAAGUCAAGUCGGAAAUGGGCUUAAAGAUUCCGGCAUUUCUGUAAACAUAUCUUACGAACACAAAAGUAACAUAGUUUCAGCUGAAGUCGAAACUACCCAAACCACAUAUUCUUCACAAGAUUUAAUGGAAGAUAACGAUGAAGAUAAAUUUAUUGAAACUUCAACAUCCAUUGUAGAUAAUAAUGAAUUAAACAAUAAUAUUAACAAGCAAUCGAUAUUAACUUUAGAGCUUUCCGAUAUUUCAAAUAGGUCCAAUUCUAACGAUUUUGAAAUGGAAGUCAUGGACUAUCCAAAUAUUCAUAACGAAAAUUUAAUGUCAUCAAUACAUAUUGAUCGUAACGGUGCAGCUGAUGCGACAUCUUCUACAAUUGAUAGUUUUAAAAAUUACAAAAAUAGUUUCAAUUCAGAAACUACAGAAGUUUCUCUAAUAAACAAAGUACCAAUUGACGUAAACAAUAUAUCUGGAAAAAACUCUUUCCAUAAUUUCUUUGAAGAUUCAGAAGAAGAAGAUAAUUUAGACACAUACACUAAAAUUCCAACUGAGAGAAAUAUUGAUAAAGGCUAUUAUAGUAGUAAAGACGAAAAUUCCGAGAGUUUGAAUAUUUCAUUCACAGUAGACUCGACGAACUCCACUUCAAAUACAACCCAAUCGUUCAUUAAAGACAACAAAGAACAAAUUGUUAUAUCAAGAAGUAACUCUUCUGAUAUUUUGUAUAAUAACGGAACAUCCAAUUUUGUUCAGAACGUGUCAACCAAUGAGGAGUUUACAACGGAAACUAUUAUGUUAUCCGACUCACAACAUGGUAUAGGCGAGUCAACUGCACUCUCAGAUGAAUUCAACGAAAGCCCUGUUGAUUCAGUAACGGCUACGACAAUCGACAAUUCUUUUCGUUUAACAAAUAUCGAACAAACUCAUAACAUAACGAAUAAUUUUACGUCUCCAAAUGAAAACACUGAAACAGUUACUGAAGUGGUAUGGUUAACUCAGUCAAGUUCCUAUCAAAAACCAUCCAUUAUAAUUGAAAAUAUUCCGUAUGAGACCUCAAUUUCUGGUCCUCUUUACAAGGUCUCUAAUGAUCUUACCAAUACAGCAAAAGUAACAAUUUUAAAGCCUGAGGAGAAAUCCGACCACCUUAGCGAAUUAAUUGCUUUAAUUGGAAAUUCUCUGCAAGACUCAACACAGACAAGUGAACUUCUAAAACAAAACGAAAACGUAAAUAAAAAUGUUAAUGAAUAUAGGUUGCAAAAAAUACAAGAAGAUAUAACAUCAACAGUCAAUUGUCAUACAGGAACUAUGUCAUUUCCAAUUCCAUCAUCUCCAUCGACACCAUCAGUAGAAUUCGAAUCAGAAGAAUGGUCAACAUUUAAAAACAAUCAACUGAAUAAUGACAGUUUAAGUAAAUCCGGCAAUCUUCUCAUGAAGAAGAAUGUUAAUGCUGACGACGGUAAUGCUGUUGCUGAUAUUGAUGAUAAUAUCGAUGUACAUGCUUAUGUAAAUGCUGCAGAUGAUGUGGAUGUUUAUAAUGACGAAGGUAUAACUAUUUAUUCCGAUGAAAAGAACAUGCGAUUAGAAAUGAAGGUAAAGAACAAGGGCUCUAUAUAUCUAAAAACUGAAAAUAGUGAUAAUGACAGAGUUGUUGAAAAUGAAAACAAUGACAAUGGGUCAACAGUACAAUACAGUACAAAUAAUGUAGUUGAAACAUCACAAUAUGAGGGAGGGAUAAAUGACAUGUCAACAAUUGAAAAUAAAUUGCACAACAUAUCAAGGAGCGAAUCAAACGUUAUGACUAGUAAAGCAACAUCCUCACAUGACAAACAUGAAAUGGCCGAUAAUAAAUACAAUAAAAAGGAUUAUCUAAAUAAAGGAAAUGAAAUGAUAAUCAAGAACUCCAUCAACCCAAACUCAAUGUCUGAAAUAAAGACACCAAAUAAAGAUGACGAAAUUGAUGAUGUUGGAAGACGACCCAACAAUAAAACAGAAAACAUAUUUAACAAUUUACUAAAAACACAACCCUUUCCUGCCACGACACCCUAUAACUCGAACUCAAACAUGAAUACCGACAAAAAUAUACUUGCAUCCGCCCAAACGAAAGAGGAAAUUACAACGACAAAUUGGUGGCACUCCUUGCCAUAUGCGGAAAUUAGAAAAUUUUUAAACUCCAUCCUUGAUAGUGUUACAUCCACUGACAACAUAAAUUUAAAUGGAUCCGUCGAUUCAACGACUGCAUCAGCCACAGUACCAAAAACAUCAUCACAAACCAAUGUUUCAAAACUCAAAACCAUAAAAGGACGGAAAUCUAAAAAAGAGCAAUGGCCAAUAUGGGUAUUGAACAACAUUUGGUCAUCAUUAUUAUAA